UCGUACUCUUGUGUUCUCAGUAUCAGUUAAGUGAUGUACAUACGAUGAAGAAGAAUAGAAGCAAACAAAAUGUCGUCAUGGCAAUGCUGUCUUUUAUGUUUACUUGUCAACUUGUGGGUGCCAAGUUAUCAAAAUUCGACUUGCUGUAUGAUAGCCCCACGGAACAACACAUACGUCCAAGGACUUUCUUCCUCACGGCUUCACAAGAGAGAAAAGUGGUAAACGAAAUUUUAUGCGAAGGUAACGAUUGUCCCGAAUUUCGUGUAGUAAAUGACCACAGUAACUUCAUCCAAGAAAGAGUUUAUAGGAAAGCCAAGCUUUUAACCGUACCUCUUCAGAAAUCAUGUGACUUUACUGGAACCCUCAGAGCAGCAAAUGAAUCUCUCGAGGAAUAUCGAAAAGGAGGGAACGAACGAAACAGAAAAUUCUAUUCUGUUACGCCUCUUCUGACACAAAUUAAUCAUUCCCUUCCUAUCAAGUCACAUGAUCCAUGGUGUAAGAUGGGAUUCACUGUGAAGAUGUAUGUGCCGCCAUACUUAGGAAUUCCUCCAACACCUAUUAACAAAUCACUUUCAUUUGAAAAUUUACCGGAUUCUUUCCACGUGUAUGUUCACACUUUUACUGGGGACCUAAAGUCCCGGAUGUUGAUGGAACUGGAAGUUUUCCGCAGUUCUUUGGACAACCUAAUGUUCUGCUAUAACCAAGAACGGUUUUAUUUAGCGACCUACAAGAAAGCCAUCAAUGACCUGGAAGAUAGAAACGAAAUAUGGCUGGAGCACUGUUAAAAGAUAUUUGGCCAACAUGUCUAGCAUAUUGAAGACCGAUACAGAGCUGACAAACUUCCACUUUAGUUAGCCUUAAACCCUGAUAAGAUAGUUUCACAGACUUUUUUAAUAACAAGUAAAAGAUAAGUUUAAACAUUGCUACUUGGUAAAUAUAUUUGUCACUAUCCACUGUUAAAGGACUAGAGUAUAAAAAUAUGUUACAAAAUAAGACUGAGUAUCAUGUUUGAACUUGCAGACUAUAGAAUAUUAACAUGAAGUUUGGUGUAUUGUUGACUCUCAGAUUACACGAGAUGAACAUAAA